UAUGCACCAUUUGGGAAAAAUAACGCAAAACUACCGUAAAAAACCAGUAACUAUGAACAACGUCCAGCAAUCGAAUUUAGUGACAGACAUUUAGGCCGUUAAAAGAGCCCUCUUCCCGUCCAUGAGAAGUGGUUAAACUCAGAUUACAUCACCUCUAAUGAGAGUAUUUUAAAAACAGUAAUGAGGAGUAGAAACAAGGGCAGUGCCAUUGUCAAGGGCAGCGACGAUCAUGUCAGACAGAAAAUUAUCAGCAACAAACACAGAAGGAAAGGACUGUUCUCUGGUGUGGAGGUUAAAUGGAAGGCCCUGCUUAUUACUGCCAUGUUUGCAUUGCUGACCAUAUUCCUUCUCAUUUAUUAUUACAUGGAAAACGAGGAAAUGGAUGGCAGUUCGUCACUCAGCAUAAUCACACCCCUGCCAGUUCCAAAGAUCACGGACCUGCCACAGUUUGGAGGGGAACAUCGCGAGAGUCUAUAUUGGGGCACAUAUCGUCCACAAGUUUAUUUGGGCAUCCGUGCCAGGACACCAAAAUCAUUAAUAGCGGGAUUAAUGUGGCUUGCUGUGAAGGACUCCCAAUAUGUUUUGCGGCAUACCUGUGAAAUGUCAGAUGAGCUUAAAAUUUAUGGUUGGCUGCGACAUGAUGGCCGCAAUUAUGGACACCAGGUGAUUGUAGACCAAGACAUGGCAAUGACGACCACCUUUCUUAAGAGUCGGGGCAAUGGAAGUGGCUAUGGAGGAGAUUGGGCCAUUAGACUUGAUGUCAGAAAUGAUAGGUAUCCCAAUGAAAAUUCAUUGAAAAAUGUCCAUCUUUUCUUUUACAUAGCUGAUGAAGGAGGAAACAUUGUAAAGUUGGGUAAAAGUGGUUCAACAUCUGGUAUCAACAUUCCCCUUGUCUCAGGGCAUCAUGAAGAUGUUGGUGGCUGGGAACUACAUGGUGAAGGGAUGGAUAACAUGGAAGUCCAUUAUGCAGGUUUCAAAACACCUCACAUGCAUAAUUUAACUGACCUUGUCCGGAAAACUUUGGCAAAGCAGACACAAAUGGUGGGGCGGCUACAGUUGCCUGACACUUCAGAAGAGUCUUCAAACUUUAUGAUAUUUCAGAUAUCCAGUAAGAUUCCCUUUGAGAUGGACCUGGUUUUUGUAUCUGGCACAGAUGCACAGAAUCAACAAGUACAAGAGCGCCUUGAAAGUCUUUCAGGAGUUCAGUUGACUGAACGUAUAAGAGAGCAAGAGGACAUUUAUGAAGAUCACUUUCAGAAGAGGUUUAAUCUGUCUGGCAAGGUUGACGAGGAAGCUAUGGUAGUUGGGAGGGCUGCUGUCAGCAAUUUGAUAGGAGGCAUCGGAUACUUUUUUGGACGGUCACAAAUCUCUGUUCCUAAAGAAUCUAGAGACAUAUUUGGUAGUAAUAUUGCAUUGUAUUGGCCAGCAGCGCUUUAUACAGCUGUUCCUAGCCGUUCCUUCUUUCCACGUGGCUUUUUGUGGGAUGAGGGAUUUCAUCAGCUUUUGAUUUGUCGUUGGGACAUACAGAUAUGUUUGGAUAUCAUGGGCCACUGGUUGGAUUUGAUGAAUAGUGAUGGUUGGAUCCCUCGCGAGCAAAUCCUAGGAGCUGAAGCCCUGAGCAAGGUUCCUGAAGAGUUUAUUCCUCAACAUACAACCAAUGCUAACCCGCCAACUCUUUUUCUUGUUUUGCGUGAUUUGGCUUUUGGACUGACAAAAGACACCUUUACAAAUUUGGAGAAAGAGAAUAUUAUGGCUUUCUUGGAGAGGGCUUGGCCAAGACUUGAUGUCUGGUUUCAUUGGUUCAAUACAACUCAAACAGGGAAGUAUCCCAGCAGCUACUUUUGGCAUGGAAGAGAUAAUGCAACAGAUCGGGAGCUAAACCCAAAGACGCUUUCUUCAGGUUUUGAUGACUACCCACGUGCUUCACAUCCAAGUGAAGACGAACGGCAUGUGGAUUUAAGGUGUUGGAUGUCUCUUGCAGCUGAAUGUAUGCAUCUAAUUUCCAGGCUACUUGGUUUGACAAGCAAUAAGUAUCAUCCAACAGCAAAGCAACUUUCUGAUCUCAAUCUCCUGAAUGAUAUGCAUUAUGACAACGUUUCAGGGACAUACCAUGACUUUGGGAACCACACAGAGCAGGUGUCCUUGAAAUGGAUUGAAAUCCUAGAUGAGAAAAACCUAUACAUCAGGAGGGAGCUUCGCAGAGUUGUAUCUCGAAGACCAAGAUUGCGCUUGGUUCCCCAUUUUGGUUAUGUCAGUCUCUUCCCAUUCAUAAUGAAGCUUAUUCCAUCUGACUCUCCAAUCUUGACAAAGCAAAUGGAUCUGAUCCAUGAUAAGAGCCUAUUGUGGACCGGUUAUGGACUCAGGUCACUUGCAACAACAAGUUCUCUGUACAUGAAACGCAACACAGAGCAUGACCCACCAUAUUGGAGGGGUCCUGUUUGGAUUAACACGAAUUACCUCAUUCUCUCGGCACUUCAUCAUUAUGCUCAAGAAUCUGGACCAUACAAAACAAGAGCAGCUGAGGUUUAUACCGAACUUAGGCAAAAUCUCAUUGAGAAUAUUGUUUUCCACUACUUUAGAAGCGGUUAUUUUUGGGAACAAUACGAUAAUACUGCAGCUGGCAAGGGAAAGGGUGCACAUCCAUUCACAGGAUGGACUUCUCUUAUUGCUUUGAUAAUGGCAGAAAUUUACUAGGAAGUUUCAUUUUAACAGAAAAGAACUUUUUUUCAACGUUAUGUUUCUGAACCAUAUCUUCCCUUGUAUUUUUCGUUUACUUACUAUUUUUGUUUGAUCUUUUUGUUAGAAAGAAACCAUUUUUGAUCCGAGGUAAUCCCUUGAUUACAAUUUUGUCAAGGUAACACUAUAUCACAGAGAAUCUAAUUCCUCAAGUUUUGAACCACAACUGUCUCCAUGAUUUGUGCCUCUUCCUGUAACUAGGAUACAGAUCAACAUUAAUAUCCACCACAGUUACAUUGUAUUCUGCAUCAGAAACAAAAUUGCAUUUUGUUUCCGGAUUUUCCGUGAGGUUAACAAUGUAGGCAUUCUUGUUAUGCUCAUUAGCAUUUUUAGUUAGCCUAAUUUUCGAAUUUCUAAAUUAUAGAGAUUAGGUGUUAGCAACAUUGACAAAUUUGGCAUUUACAUAUACUAAUGCUGUGCUGUACGGUAUUGUGGUUGGAAUUUUGAAAUUUAACUAAAAUAAAAUACUAUAAGAACUAAAUUGCUUA